GAUCGCUGAGUAGUUCGACCAUGCAGUUCACAAGCGUAUUUUAUUUGCUAAGCAUAUUGUUUAUACAGCGUGCUCAAUCGAUUUGUAUACCACCCAAUCACUGCAUAAAGGAUUUGGAAUAUAGCGUUGCCAAAGAGCGCUACGGCUACGUGUUGGCCAAAUAUGCAGAGCUGGAAAUGAAAAUUAGCGGCGAGCCCCUGGGCUUGCAUGGCAAACUUGUUACGCAUGGCGACAUCGAGGAGCAGCAUAUUGUGUUCCAGCUGAUGGACAAUACACCGCAUGAUGUGCUCCAGAGCUGCGUGUUUGUGGUCAGAACAGCGCCCGAGGAGUGCGAGUCGAUUGUGACAGUAUGCAAUACAUUUCUAGCUCGUACACCGCGGCCAUUGCUGGAGCGUAAGCCGCUGAUGGUUUGCGAAGAUGGCGUACGCGAGGCGGAAGCGCCUGUGGUACCGGAAGCCGAGGACAUUGAGAACAUCAAUGAGGGUAAAGAAGAGACGGCGGUCACAAUGCCGGAUGUCGAAGUGAGCAGCCAAAGUGAGCUCAUCUAAGCAAGCUUAAUUGGCUCGGCAUGUGGAGGAACAAACAAAAUCACAAAGGCGAGCUUCUUUUUUAUUGCGAUUUAAGCUUGUCACUCUGCUGCAAAUUAAGUAUGCAAUGCUAACAGCCUCAAAAGUUUU